AUGACCCGCUGGGCCCGGCGCAGCGCCCCGCCCGGGGCCCGGGCUCUGUCCGCCACCCCUUGGGAGCAGCUGGCGCCGGGUGCGCAGCCGGAGCCGCCGCCGCCAGCCCGGAGACGGAGGAGGAAGGAGUACGAGAACCAGGACGUGAACGGGUUCGCGGAGCACCGCGGGGAGCAGCAGCAGCAGGAGGAGGAGGAGGCGCGGAGGAAGGACAGGCGGCGGGAGAGCAGGAGGCUGAGGAGGCAGGAGAGGAAGAAGAACGCCAUGGUGUGUUUCCACUGCAGAGAGCCUGGCCACGGCGUGGCUGAUUGUCCUGCAGUGCUGGAGAGCCAGGACAUGGGGACGGGGAUUUGCUACCGCUGCGGAUCCACGGAGCACGACCUCAGCCAGUGCAGAGCCAAGGUGGAUCCAGCUGCUGGGCCAUUUCCAUAUGCAAAGUGUUUCAUCUGUGGUGAGAUGGGACAUCUGUCGAGGUCGUGUCCGGAUAAUCCCAAGGGGUUGUAUGCUGAAGGUGGGGGCUGCAAGCUGUGUGGCUCUGUGGAGCACUUCAAAAAGGACUGCCCGGAGAAGCAGAACGCAGAGCAGGUGACUGUCGGGCGCUGGAUGCCCGGCCUGAGCGCGGACCACGAGGACGUCGCGGCCGCGCCGGCGCCGCAGAGAGCGCGGCCCGAGCGACCCAAGGUUGUCACUUUCUGAAUGCUCCAGCCUCUCAAGGAGUUCUCCUGUGCUGCUGCACUCCAGUGCUGACGACAGAGAGCGGAUCCAGAAAAUCAAGCGAGCUGCAGAGGAACUGUUGGUUUUCUGUCUCCCCUCAUUUUCCCGGUUUGCCUCCCAAACUUGCCUGGCGCGCUGUAAAGCUGGGAACAACAGGAGCACAGCAAGUGGCUGCUUUAUUAAAGGAAUUGUGGGUGUUUUCUAAA